AUGUCUCAAGCUCAGGAGCAAUUCCCCAAGCACCAGCCCCUCCUCACCGAGGUGUCGGAGAAGUUGACGGCAGUCCGCGAUUUCGUUCACAAGUCCAUUUCCGCAGUCCCGCCGCACCCUGAGCCAACUCCAGGUGCCACUGCGCAGGAGGCUGACCCCACAAACCUUUUGCAAGAUAUCAAGAAGCUCGGAUUUCAUGACUUUGAAACCUUGGCCGAGUUCGGCAUCACUGCUGUGCAAGGCAAGAUCGACGACAACAAGUUGCUCUUGGAGAACCUCAUCCAGCUUUUCGCCAAGCUGCCUCGCGGCACCGUCAAGGGCAAGAAGCUCGAGUAUGGCUUGAUUAACCAACUUUGGAAUGGCAUCGACCACCCGCCCAUGACGACCCUGAAUGAGAAGUUCAAGUAUCGUGCAGCAGACGGCUCUGACAACAACAUUCACAGCCCAUUGAUGGGCGCAGCUAACACAGCAUAUGCUCGGUCCGCUCCGCCAAUAACCUAUCAGACUCCCAAUCAGCCUGAUCCCAGCCUACUCUUUGACAUGCUCUUUGCCAGAGGCGAGGAGUUCAAGCCUCAUCCCAACAAGAUCUCAAGCUUCCUCUUUUACCUGGCUACCAUCAUCACUCAUGAUAUCUUCCAAACUGACGGCCUCAGUGGCAUCAACAAGACAUCAUCCUACCUCGAUCUUUCUCCCCUCUAUGGCCGCAACCAAUCGGAGCAAGAUCAAGUCAGAACAAAGCUGGACGGCAGACUGAAGCCUGACUCGUUCUCCUCCAAGAGAGUUCUUGGCUUCCCUCCCGGUGUCGGUGUCCUUCUCAUGAUGUUCAACCGCUUCCACAACUACAUUGUCACACAGCUUGCAAGUAUCAAUGAGAACAACCGCUUCAACAGACCCCCUGGCGAUGCCAUCGACCCCAAGGCUGAGGCUCCGAAGAAGCCGGAACAGAGGGUCAAGGAAGGGGAGCCAGAGUACCCGAAGUAUCUCGAAUCCCAAGAGUACAAGGACUACUUGGAAACCCCUGAGUACAAGCAGUGGAACCGUUGGAAUGCUUGGGUCAAGUUCGACAAUGACCUUUUCCAAACGGCGCGUCUCAUCACUUGCGGUCUCUACGUCAGCAUCGUCCUCCGCGACUACGUCCGUACCAUCUUGAACAUGAACCGCUCACCUUCCAGCUGGGCUCUGGAUCCCCGCACCAACGAGGGCAAGAGCAUCCUCAGAGCCGAGACCCCCGAGGGUACCGGAAACCAGGUCUCAGUGGAGUUUAACCUCAUCUACAGAUGGCAUUGCACCAUCUCUCCCAAGGACGCCAAGUGGACCGAAAAGGCGUUCCGCGAGCAACUCAAGAUCGAGGGAGAUACCAGCAACCCCCCCAAGGAAGUCAAGGACUUUACUCUCGUUGAGUUCGGCCACGCUGUGAGGGACUGGGAGAAGCGCAUCAGUGAUGACCCGGUCAAGCGUGACUUCGCCGGCCUGAAGCGUGGCAAGGAUGGUGCCUUCCGCGAAGAGGAUUUGGUCAAGAUCUUCAAGGAGUCCGUCGAAGAUGUUGCUGGCUCUUACGGGGCCAACAGAAUCCCGGAGAUCAUGAAGCCGAUUGAGGUGCUCGGUAUGAUGAACGCACGAAAGUGGAAUGUCGCCACCCUUAACGAAUUCCGUGAUCACUUUGGCCUCACCAGACAUCCGACAUUUGAGGACAUCAACCCGGACAAGGAAGUCGUCAAGAAGCUGAGAUACCUCUAUGGCACUCCAGACCAGGUUGAGUUGUACCCUGGAUUGGUCGCUGAGAAGGCCAAGGAGCCCAUGGCCCCGGGAAGUGGAUUGUGUGGCGGCUUCACCAUGACCAGAGCUAUCUUGUCUGAUGCCGUUGCCCUGGUUCGUGGCGACCGAUUCUACACCGUUGACUACACGCCAAAGAACCUGACCAACUGGGGAUUCAACCAAUGCAGCUACGACCUUAACGUCGACCAGAGCCAUGUCCUGUACAAGCUGGUGUACCGCGCUUUCCCCAACUCGUUUGAGCAGAACAGCGUUUACGCCCACUUCCCCCUCACGGUGCCCUCUGAGAACAAGAAGAUCCUCGAGGGCAUCAACAGAGACUAUCUCUACUCCUGGAAGGAACCGGUCACUAAGCGCAACAUGAUUCCCAUCUUCUCCCACAAGGCUGUCAGCGAGAUUCUGUACAACCAGUCAGACUUCAAGGUUGUCUGGGGCGAAGCCAUCCGUCACCUGGUCGCGCAGCCUGGCAAGGACUACGGCAAGGACUUUUGCCUGGCUGGUGAUGGCAAGGCCAACACGCAGAACCGCACUCAGGUUAGGAAGGCUUUGAUCACGGGCCCUUGGGAGAAGGAAGUUUUCAAGUGGUACACCCACAUGACGCCUCGUUUGCUGAAGCAGAACAGCUUUCCCAUCAGGAAGGGCGUCAGAGAGGUUGACAUUGUUCGGGACGUCAUCAACCUGACAAACACGCGAUUCAAUGCCGCCCUCUUCCACCUGCCCAUCAAGAACGAGGACUCGCCAUGGGGUGUCUACACUGACCAGGAACUGUACGUGGUUGUUGCCACUCUUUUCCAGUCUGUUUUCUUGGAUGCAGACAUUGGCAAUAGCUUCAAGCUGCGGACGAUUGCGCGCGAGCUCGGCCAAGGCUUGGGCAAGCUUAUGGGCCUUGUCUGCCAGACCAUCUCCAAGGCGGGCUUGAUCACGGACAUUGUCGCCAAGAUCAGAGAGGGAGAAGCCUCGCUUCCCACCUUUGGUAACCAUCUCAUUGAGCGCCUUCUCGCUGACGGUAAGGACAUUGAUGAGGUUGUCUGGGGUACUAUCAUGCCCGUCGUCACCGCCAACGUUACGAACCAGUCGCAGGUCAUGGCGCUUUGCAUCGACUACUACCUUGGCGAGGGCCACGACCACCUGAAGACGCUUUACAAGCUGGCUCAUGAGAACACGCCCGAGGCGGAUGAGAAGUUGAUGAAGUACAUGCUUGAGGGAUGCAGACUCCGUGGUACCGUCGCCGUCUACCGUGAGGCCGUCACCACCCAGGUCAUCACCGAUUACGCUCCUUGCCUCCUUGAUCCCAAUGACCCGACCUCGCGCACACCCAAGGUCAACGACGACAUUGACGGCACCAAGUACGAGGUCAAGAUCCCCAAGGGUACAAAGGUCCUGUGCAACCUGAUGACGGCCGGUCGCGACCCAACCAUCUUUGAGGCCCCCAACGAAGUGCGCCUCGACCGCCCUCUCGAGUCCUACGUCCACUAUGGUCUCGGUCCCCAUUGGUGUGCCGGUAAGGAGAUCAGCCGCGUGGCGCAGACGAGUCUGUUCAAGGAGAUUGUCGGACUCAAGGGACUGAGGAGAGCCGACAAGACGUCUGGCGGAAACGGAGGUCGUGGCAAGCUCAAGAACAUGCCUGCUGGCGCUUGGAAUGGCCAAGUCGGUCUUCCUGUUGGCAGCAAUCAGAACGGCGCCAGCAAGAAGGAUGAGCCCUGGCUGGGCCUGCGCACCUUCAUGACGGCCGACCAGAGCUCGUACUGGCCUGUGCCGACGACCAUGAGGAUCGAAUGGGACGAGUAA